GUUCUGUGCGUAAAGGAAAAAGAAGAGCAUGGUAGAAUUUGUUGUGAUUCCAAAAGUUGUCCUUUUAAUAAAGGAAUCACAUGUUUAUGAGCUGUCAUACACCUGAUGGUCUUCUGUUUAUAUGAAAUGUUCAGUUUUUUCCAGAACAGAACGUUACCGAGCAUUGUUGGAGGGAUGAGAGAGAGAUCUGUGCUCUGUUUCGUUUUUGGCCCUAAACGGGCAAGAAAGUUAAGAAAUUAAGAGCGCUGACAGGCUGUUGACUCUUCUAGCCAUUGGAUCAACGGCCUUUUCAAUGGCAAAGUUUCUUGCAGUUCGAAUUUCUCCCUCCAUGGAAACAGACAGCUUCCUCCUCCCACCGCCCAUGGGAUUCUGAUUCUUCCAACGGAGUUCGAAAUUUUUGAUUUUCAUCUCAAAUUAAAACUUAGUGGUAGCAACACGCCAAAUAUUUGGUUAGCUGUUUGUUUUACAUAUAUUUUCACAAAAGUCAAAAUCCAAAUUUUUUUAAUAGAAAAUUAGAAAAUGGCGGAGUGUUGUAUCGCUGUUGGUACUGGUGUUGUUACUGGUGUUGUUGGCAAAUGUAAAGAGAUCCUGGUUGAUCUACUUUUAAAGCUAAUCUGGAACCGAAUCACGCGUGUGUUCAAGUCGGGGUCUAAUGUGAAGACUCUGAAGGAAAAGGCAGGGAAGCUGGUUGCUGAAAAACAGCGUGUGCUGCAAUUUACUGAAGCUGCUGAACGAAGAGGGGAAGAGGCCGCACUGAAUGUCAUGAAUUGGCUUACAAGUGCAGAGGAGUACAUUGGAGAGAUGGAGAAGUUAGGAGAUGACGAAGACAAAGCAAAGGAGAAGUGCUUCGCUGGGUUGUGUCCUAAUCCCAGGGCCCGUUACCAAAUUAGCAAGAAAGUAGAGGAGUAUUUGGAGGCUGUUGCUCCACUUCUAGAAGAAGCUUCCGGAUCCGGGUUCCUAGUUUCCUACCCGCUUCCUCCAAAAGAGAUAUCGAUCGGAGCAGCUGAAGGUUUUAAGCAAUUUGAAUCAAGAAUGCCGAUUCUGAACCGUGUUAUGGAGGCCUUGAGAAGUGCUAGUGUUCACAAGAUAGGCAUCUACGGGCUUCCUGGUGUGGGCAAGACCACGUUAGCCAAAGAGGUUGCCAGACAAGCCAAGGAAGCGCAGUUAUUUAAUGAGAUAGUUAUGGCUUCUGUGACAAAGAAUCCAGACCUGAAGAAGAUUCAAGGAGAAAUUGCAGAUGGAUUAAAGGUAACCUUUCAAUGUGAGACUGAAUCUGGGAGGGCUAAUCAACUAAAGGCGUAUAUGAAGAAUAGGAAGAAGAUUCUUGUGAUUUUGGAUGAUAUCUGGGCGAGGCUAGAUUUGGAUGCCCUUGGAAUUCCAUUUGAAAACAAAAAGAGUGAGGCAAGUUCAACUGGAGAAGAACAGAUGCAACUCAAGAUUCUCUUCACAUCUAGAGAUCUCGAUGUUUUAUCUUGUAACAUGGGUAUUAAGGUAAACAUCCGAGUUGAUAAAUUACAAGAUGAAGAAGCAUGGACACUUCUGAAGAAGAUAGUCAGUGAUGAAGUUGAAAAUUCUGAGCUCCUGGAAAAUUCUGAGUUCCUGGAAAAUUCUGAGUUCCUGGAAAAUUCUGAGUUACUGCUUACGGCAAGGGAGAUAGCGGAAAAAUGUGCAGGGCUGCCACUGGCUGUGGAAACAGUAGGAAAAGCUUUGAAAGGUAAGGAUUCUCAUGUAUGGAGGGAUGCUCUACGACAACUGAAACGGCCCUCCAAAGAGAGCUUCAUGGGGACACUUGCAAUUGUUUAUUCAGCAAUAGAAUUGAGUUACAACCAUUUAGAAGAAGAAGAGCUCCGGUUAACUUUCUUGCUUUGUUGUUUGUUGGGACACAAUUCUUCUAUCAAAGACCUGCUAAGUUAUGGAAUCGGCUUAGGCUUAUUCCCUAAUGUCAAGACAACAGGAGAGGCUCGAGACAGAGUACUAACAUUGGUUAGCAAUCUAAAGUCCUCUUCUUUGCUGCUUGAUGGUAAUAGCAAUGAUUGGUUUGAUAUGCAUGAUAUUGUACGUGAUGUCGCCAUAUCAAUUGCCUUAAGGAGCCAGCAUUGGUUAUCAUUAUCAAUAGCAGAAGACCAUAUACCCAAGGGGGGGUCAGAUUUCAAAUGGAUCAGUCUACAAAAGGCUAAUAUUAGUGAGCUUCCUGAUCAAUUGGAAUCUCUGUACAGGCCAGAUUCCUGCUCCUUCAACAAGGACAACCUACUUCCCAAUUCAUCCACUAAUUCAUCCAUCCCUUUAGGCAUGUCCGACAGCUCCUUCCUCAAAAACUCCGUCGUUACUAGAUUGGAGAAACUAUCCUUGACAAGUGAAAUGAUAUGUAACCUCCAAUUACCAGAAUACAUCUUUUCCAAUGUUAAAUCUCUGGAAGUUCGCUGUAUUCACGGUGAUUCACUGGCUUUACCAAUCUUCUUCCUCGAAAGGUUCUGCAAUUUACAAAAGCUUCAAAUAGGUUGUUCUGAUAUGAAGGAGUUGUUCCCACCUGUAGCAUCCAUUGAUUCUUCGGAAAAAGAUGUGGGAGGACGCUUGCAUAAGAUUACAAAGUUGGAGCUGAAUCAACUUGUUAAGCUUAACUAUAUAUGGAAACAAGGCCCAGCAUCAAACUUACUCCUUCAAAAUGUUAAAUCUCUUAAAGUGCUGUUUUGUGACAGUUUGAUCAGCUUAUCAGAAUCUACAGCAUCUUUCCAAAAUCUCACCACUUUGUCGGUGGCAAGCUGUGAAGGGUUAAUAAACUUAUUUUCAUUUGCAACAGCCCAAAGUCUGGUGCAACUCCAAAGUAUAAGUGUAGAAAAGUGCCACUCUCUGACAGAAAUAGUUGGAGGAGAAGGAGUUGGAUUAGCAGAUGAGAUUGUUUUCAGCAAAUUAAAAUUUUUGAAACUCAAGCGCUUAACAAGACUCGCAAGCUUUUGUUCAACAAAUUUCACAUUCAAUCUCCCAUUGUUGCAAGGACUAAUGGUGGUUCAAUGUCCCAAGUUUGAGACCUUCUGUCGCGGAGUCGUGAGGACUCCAAGCCUGCAGAGAAUAUUUACACAACAAGACGACGAAGGACGGGAGGUGGUUGAGCUGAAUAGGACCAUAAAUCAAUUGUACAAAGAAAAGGUUGGAUAUGCUGGGUUACAAGAUUUGAACCUAUCAGAGUUUCCGUGGUUAAUGGAAGUGUGGAACAAGAAUCCUCAACAAUUCUUGGAUUUCACAUGCCUUUGUGUCCUCAAAAUUUGUAAUUGUGGUAACUUGAGAUACCUCUUAACUCCUUCCAUGGCAUUGAGCCUUGCUGGUCUCCAAACGUUGGAAGUACAAAACUGUGAAAUGAUUGAGAAAAUAAUAACAGAAGAGGGAAGUACGGAGGUAGCAGAAAAUAAGAUGAUAUUCCCUCUACUAGUCACCAUUAAUUUGGGGUCAUGUUUCAACUUAACAAGUUUCUGUUCGGCAAGUUAUGGACUUGAGUUUCCAUCUUUGUCAGAGAUGCGUAUAAUUGAUUGUCCAAAGAUGGUCACAUUUGCUUCAACAUUUUCAACAGUGCAAGUGAAGGAGGCAGUUGACGGUGGAAGUAAAGAAAGGACUGGCAAGCAAUAUGCUGAUAUCCCUAACGAGCCCUUUUUCAGUGGUCAGGUCAGUAAUUUCUUCACGAAGAGUUUUUCUCUACACAUUUUAGGUGCUUUUCCUGCGCUUGUAUGGAGUACGUGCAAAUUUGGAUUAUUCAACUUCAACUAUCAAUAUAAAUAAAUUUACUUACGGUCAACUAAAUGCAUUUAUUUAUG